GAAACUUUCACAUUCAGAAAUCACAAAGUAGUAGAAGAAGUUUCUUCAUAUUUCAAUCACAAAAUCGUCUUUGUGCUGCUGAUUGGAAGCUUCUCUCUCUCUCGGUUUAGAUCCCUUUCAAUUCUCCAAAGGUAAGCUCCAAAACUUUCCAGAUCGUCUUACAUUCUUUCGGAUAUUCUGGAUCUGCAUUCGAAUUCCAUUAAAAUUCCCUUGAUGAACUGAUCCGAACAAGUAUCUGAGUUUUUUUUUGUGAUCUGAGUUUUUCGUUAGAUCGCUCGCCAUUGUCGUCGAAUGAUCGUGUAUCUUGGGGAUCAACAGUUAAAAGGAAAAUGGGGCUUUCAUUUGCAAAGCUUUUUAGCCGGCUUUUUGCCAAGAAGGAGAUGCGAAUCCUUAUGGUUGGUCUUGAUGCUGCUGGUAAGACCACCAUUUUGUACAAGCUCAAGCUUGGUGAGAUUGUCACCACCAUUCCCACCAUCGGGUUUAAUGUGGAGACGGUUGAGUACAAGAACAUCAGCUUCACGGUUUGGGAUGUCGGGGGUCAGGACAAGAUCCGUCCCUUGUGGAGACACUACUUCCAAAACACUCAAGGUCUGAUAUUUGUUGUUGAUAGCAAUGACAGAGACCGUGUUGUUGAAGCCAGAGAUGAACUUCACAGGAUGUUGAAUGAAGAUGAGCUUCGGGAUGCAGUAUUGCUUGUGUUUGCCAACAAGCAGGAUCUUCCAAACGCUAUGAAUGCUGCUGAGAUUACUGAUAAGCUUGGCCUUCACUCACUCCGGCAACGCCACUGGUACAUCCAAAGCACAUGCGCAACUAGCGGUGAAGGGCUCUAUGAAGGUCUGGAUUGGCUUUCCAACAACAUUGCUAGCAAAGCUUGAGGUUAUCUCGACCAGAUAGUUUUGGUGAGGGGAUUGAAGCUUUCUCUCCGGAGUCGACUUGAUUUCUUGUGGUUUAAGACCUGCUCGAUUUGUUUCAUGUUUUACUGUCACCGUUUCUCCUUUUUGCUUACUCUUCUCGAAUGUUUGAAUUCUUCUAGGCUUUAAAAGACUUCUUUUUUUUUUUUAAUUGGAGUUAAAAAAUCACAUCACUUAUUUUCAUAUAGUAAAUCAAUGUUAUCUGUUCACUCAUCGGUAGGAGCUUUAUGCGCGAUGAUCCUUCUUUGUUCUCCACAUUGCAAUCUCUAAACACCAAACCUGUAAGAUCAAUUGGUUUACUCUGCCUUGGUCCAUAUCCUAAUUCCUAAACCUAUAAGUAUAUAGAUUUAUUUAUUUUAAUGUUACCUUUUUACUGACCUGGUUUUAUAUAG